AUGCCAAACUCGAUUAUUACACGUGCACAAACGAUCUCAACAUCAUGGAAAAAGCAAUUUUCAAGGAUUUUCAAGCAUUCAUCAAAAGCGUCUACUCCUGACACUAGAGUAUCUGUAUUGAUACCGAUCCCCUCAGAAGUACCACAAAUUGAGGCAAAAAGCGAUUCACAAAGCGAAAUACAAUCCGAAGACAACUUCUCAUUCGAAAAAGCUUCAAUAUCUACAUCAACAACACGUUCAUCAACAAAGCAUUCCAUUGUGGAAGGCCUCGAUGAUACCUAUGUUUACUCGGUAAGCAUAAUAGUGGAUUACGACGAGACGCGUAGAGUUUCCACAUCAUUGAAAUCAUCACUCAGAGGAAGAGGCUCAUUCUCGUCGAACAACAAGAGCGUACGCUUCACAGAGAUCGACGAGGAGUGUCUCAUCGACUACUCUGAAGAUAUGGAUGAUGACUUCGAUGAAGACAUUCUGGAUUUAGUGCUGUUUGGUGAAGAUGGAACAUUAGAAGGAUGGAAAUGA